GUCGGAGCGGAGUUCACAGGUUUGAGGAGGAAGCGCGCGUUCUGUUUAUUUCCAGAUUUAGAUCUUGGAUUGUUUUUGAUUAUCUCUAAGAUUUCCGGUUUCAGCGCGCACGAACAUUUCUAUUAUGGAUGAAAUAAACUAAAAGAACAAAAAUCAUUCGGUCGUUGACUUUAUUGCUGUAGUCAGGCUCGCGCGUUCCGUACCUGCCGCGCGCGCGCGGAUUUAUCGCCGUCCCUCCUCCCUCUCCCUCACCCUCACUCCCCCCCACCUUCCUCCCCCUCUUCCUUCGCUCCCGGUGCCUUGGUUUCCCCGGUGAGGCGCACGCGAUGCCGUUGGGCCUGCGGAGAAAGAAGAAGUCGCGGGAGAGCUCGAGCCUGGUGGAGAAUGAGGAGAUCAGCGGCGGAGGAGGAAAAGGAAAAGGGGGAAGCGGCAGCGCGCACGCGGGGAAGAGCGCGGCGGUGAAUGGAGCCGGGCUCGCGCCGCCACCCGCCAACCUGCGCCCCAAGCUCGUGUUCCACACGCAGCUCGCGCACGGCAGCCCCACCGGCCGCAUCGAGGGAUUCGGCAACGUCAAGGAGCUGUACGGCAAAAUCGCAGAGGCGUUCAAUCUCAGCGCGUCCGAGAUCCUGUUUUGCACCUUGAACACGCACAAAAUCGACAUGGAGAAGCUGCUCGGGGGGCAGAUAGGGCUAGAGGACUUCAUCUUCGCUCACGUGAAAGGCAUCAAAAAGGAGGUGGAGGUGUACAAGGCUGAGGAUGCGCUGGGCCUCACCAUCACGGACAACGGCGCCGGAUACGCCUUCAUCAAGCGUAUAAAAGAGGGCAGCGUGGCAGAUGGCGUGAAGGUCAUCUGUGUGGGCGACCACGUCGAGUGUAUUAAUGGGAAGAACAUCGUGGGAACACGGCACUUUGAAGUGGCUCGCAUGCUCAAGGAUCUGCCCAAAGACCAGUCCUUCAAGCUCAAACUGGUCGAACCUAUGAAGGCUUUUGAGAUGCUCGAGCCGAGAUCAAAAGGAGCCAAGCCUCAGGGGGAGAACCGGGUCGGCACAGGCCGAGAGACGCUGAGACUCCGCUCCAAAGGUCCGGCCACCGUUGAGGAAAUGCCCACCGAGUUUGAAGAGAAGGCGGUGAAAAAAGUGGACGACCUCCUCGAGAGCUACAUGGGCAUCCGGGACACGGAAUUAGCGGCCACGAUGGUGGAGGUCGGACGGGACAAGAUGAACCCGGAUGAGUUUGCCAUGGCUCUGGACGAGGCUCUGGGAGACUUUGCGUUCCCUGACGAGUUUGUGUUUGACGUCUGGGGAGCUAUCGGAGACGCCAAGCAGGGGCGCUUUUAACUCCAACACGACACAAGUCUGCAGUACGGCUCGAGCUAAAGCAUAGAUUAAAAAAGAAAAAACGGCACGUGGUGGGCAGAAAGAAGUGCUGUUUGAGAUCACUGUGAUUUUUAGAAAAAUACACCAACUCACACACAAAGUGUACUUUUUCACCAAUUACAACUUUUUGUAUCGGGUACCAUUUUAUAUAUCGAUAAUGCCUCUUGGUUGACUUGACACCAAGUCUUUAGCCGUUUGAGCAUAGUUUGUCUCUAGGGCAGAGACAAGAACACGUUUAGAACAUAAAUGCCUGCAUUUUUCCCCUCCCCCCAAGAAUACACGUAAUUGGGCUUUAAUUUGCUGACAUCAUUGAACGUUCUUCUUAUGGCUGAUUUGCUAACGGUGUGUAAAAUCACUGACGCAAGAUGAUGUUUACUUCACAGCAACACACAAGACUAAAACAGGUCAUGUGCUGAAGAGAAGAUAAUUACUUACGUUACUGUAGUGAUCGUUCAGGUUUAUCCUUUUUAUUCAGUUUUUUGUUUUGGUUCCUUUCCCAGCUGAAGCUAUAUAAUGUUUAAUAAUUCAAGAGGGAAUUGUUGUGUAAUCAGUUGAUCCAUUGAAAGAGAGAUCAGGACAAGUUCCAUAGUUUGCCAUAAAUUAGUGAUUCAGUCUUUUUUUCUUUUUUUUUUUUACCCCCCUCUUUAUAGCUGGCUCUGCUGUAGUAGUCAUGUGCUGAUACUGAUAUAUACUAUACAUUAUAUACACCAAAAUCACCAUCAAUCCUAAGGUGAAACAUUUAUAUCUGAUUCAUUUCUACUUCCUGUAAUUCUGUUUACUCACUGGCUGAAACACCAUGUUUUAUUAAGCAUUAACACACACCUGGUUGCAUUUUGUAUACAAAUAACAGAAAAUGUAUCUUUUGUGAAUGAAUGGCAUUGUGUUUCUUUCCAGUUUUGCUCAAUGAAGGAUCACACCAAUCCAUCUUAAUCAUGUUAGGAAAUAUUUAUAGCAUAAAAGCUUUAGACAAGGGUGAUUUAAAAAAAAAACAACACUUAUCCAACUUUUUUUUGUACAGAAUAUUAAGGUUUAGUAAUUGUCAUUUUAUAGCCGGAUAGAUUUGUAAUCUUAAUUUAUUUGUUCAAUAAAAUCAUUUUAAACACCAA